AGAGACCAGACUCUUCAAGUUGUACCUUCCUGCCAUUUAAUCAUUUUUCAUUGUGACCCAGCUAAUGAGAAGGCAGAGUUGAUAUACAGGUCACGUCUGGUUCAAGAGGGGGAAAGAGGACCCACGCCCUGCUCUCAAGAUGGAUGCUGCUCUGCCCGCCAUAGCAGAAGAAUUGCUGCAAGAGAUACAGAAGGCUUUCCGCGAGACCUCCCAGGUUUCAGAUGACCUACUUCUGGCGCUCAGGUUUGUCUUUGGAACUUCAGUCGUCCCUGCCCUGGACUUGGUGGACCGCCAGUCAGUCACACGGUUCGUGUCCCCAAGCGGGAGGACAGUCUAUCAGGUGGUUGGCAGCUCAGGCAAACUCUACACUUGUUAUGCAUCGUGCCACUUCUGCAGUUGCCCGGCUUUCACAUUCUCAGUUUUGCGGAAAGGAGACAACCUUGUGUGUAAGCACUUACUCGCCAUCUAUCUGAGCCGAGCUACCGGGGCCUGCCAGGAGCAAAGCGUCUCCAACCAGCAGCUGACAGCCCUGCUACUCCCCGAAGAGAAAUGAAGGCAGGAGGAGGUGGAGAAGAGAAUGAGUGGCGAGGAAACGUGAGCAGCCCCCACGAGCCACUUGUGGGUUUACCAACGGGCACCUUUUCUCUCCACCCCUCCUGAGUCCCAGUUUGGAGGCUCCUGCUCUCGUUCUCUGCACAGAAAUGAGGAGCCACUAACGUCUGUCAGGGGAGUUUUAUGCAACUCGGACCAUGCUAAUUACAUUUUUUAAUCUGCGUAGUGGGAGCAACCCGGUUGGAGACGGUGGGAUACAGAUUCGACCGGCAGGCAACCGGGACCCCAGAACGUCACCAAUGCUGGGCCCUGUACCAUUUGCAAACUUUAUUAAAAUAUCAGAGAGA